UAGAGCAAAUGUGAAAAGAAACAGCGCAGGAAUCAGGAAACAGGAGGUUGCAUUUUGCGCAGGACGGCUGUGUUAGCGGUAUUGAUAAGCUACGUUUUCUGAAACGAUAUGUCCAAAAGACACCGUGUGGAUUUGAGCGAUGAUUACUCCUCCAGUAAGAAGCGGUCUGACGGGAGAGACCGGGACCGCGACAGAGACCGCGAGGACCGUUCCAGAGACAGGGACCGAGACAGAGAUCGGGACAGGGACAGAGACCGGGAGAGGGACUCAAAGCCGUCAGCAGUUCCCUCUAACAGCAUGCCGUCGGUUUCAAGCUUACCUUUGCUCAAGCAGAUGACCGUGCACCAGCAGAUUAACCCAUUCACCAAUCUGCCACACACGCCGCGCUACUACGAGAUCCUGAAGAAAAGGUUACAGCUUCCAGUGUGGGAGUACAAAGAAAGUUUCAGCGAUAUCAUCACACGUCACCAGAGCUUUGUCCUCGUCGGAGAGACGGGCUCUGGAAAAACAACACAGAUUCCACAGUGGUGUGUGGACAUGGUGAGGGCCUUGCCUGGUCCCAAGCGGGCUGUAGCUUGUACUCAGCCAAGGAGAGUGGCUGCCAUGAGUGUGGCUCAAAGGGUUGCAGAUGAAAUGGAUGUCAUGCUCGGACAGGAAGUUGGCUACUCCAUCAGAUUUGAGGACUGCAGUUCUGCCAAGACUAUACUGAAGUACAUGACAGAUGGUAUGCUACUGAGAGAGGCUAUGAAUGAUCCUCUGCUGGAGCGAUAUGGCGUCAUCAUUCUGGAUGAGGCCCACGAGCGAACUCUCGCCACAGAUAUCCUGAUGGGUGUGUUAAAGGAAGUGGUCCGCCAAAGACAGGAUCUGAAGGUAAUUGUGAUGAGUGCCACCCUGGAUGCAGGAAAGUUCCAAGUCUACUUCGACAGCUGCCCUCUGCUGACCAUUCCUGGGCGCACACAUCCUGUAGAGAUCUUCUACACCCCUGAACCAGAGCGGGACUACCUGGAGGCAGCCAUUCGUACCGUCAUUCAGAUUCAUAUGUGUGAGGAGGAUGAAGGUGACGUCCUUCUGUUCCUCACAGGUCAAGAGGAAAUUGAUGAAGCCUGCAAGAGAAUCAAAAGAGAAGUUGAUGACCUUGGCCCUGAAGUCGGAGACAUCAAAAUUAUUCCACUGUAUUCCACGUUGCCCCCACAGCAGCAGCAAAGGAUCUUUGAGCCACCUCCUCCAAGAAAGCCAAAUGGUGCUAUAGGGAGGAAGGUUGUGGUGUCAACAAAUAUCGCCGAGACCUCUCUAACAAUUGAUGGUGUCGUGUUUGUCAUUGACCCUGGAUUUGCCAAACAGAAGGUGUACAAUCCCCGUAUCAGAGUGGAGUCUCUGCUAGUCACAGCCAUCAGUAAAGCUUCGGCACAGCAGAGGGCAGGAAGAGCCGGCAGAACACGUCCGGGGAAAUGUUUCCGCCUCUACACAGAGAAGGCCUACAAAACAGAGAUGCAGGAUAACACAUACCCAGAGAUUCUGCGGUCCAACUUGGGAUCUGUUGUGCUACAGUUGAAAAAGCUGGGCAUUGAUGACCUUGUCCACUUUGACUUCAUGGACCCUCCUGCUCCUGAAACACUAAUGAGAGCUCUGGAGCUGCUGAAUUAUCUGGCUGCUCUCAAUGAUGACGGCGACCUGACUGAGCUUGGCUCCAUGAUGGCAGAAUUCCCACUGGAUCCCCAGCUGGCGAAGAUGGUCAUAGCAAGCUGCGAGUUUAACUGCUCGAAUGAGAUCCUCUCCAUCACUGCCAUGCUGUCAGUCCCACAGUGUUUUGUCCGUCCCACGGAGGCUAAGAAGGCAGCGGACGAGUCCAAGAUGAGGUUUGCUCACAUUGACGGAGACCACUUGACGCUGCUCAACGUCUACCACGCCUUCAAACAAAACCACGAAUCUAACCAGUGGUGUUAUGACAACUUUGUCAACUACCGCUCGCUGAUGUCUGCUGACAAUGUACGUCAGCAGCUGUCCAGGAUCAUGGACCGCUUCAGUCUGCCUCGGCGGAGCACAGAGUUCACCAGCAGAGAUUACUACAUCAACAUCCGACGAGCGCUCUGCACCGGCUUCUUCAUGCAGGUGGCUCAUUUGGAGCGCACAGGCCAUUACCUCACAGUGAAAGACAACCAGGUGGUCCAGCUGCAUCCAUCCACAGUCCUGGACCACAAGCCUGAGUGGGUGCUCUACAAUGAGUUUGUUCUGACCACCAAGAACUACAUCCGAACUUGCACAGAUAUCAAACCAGAGUGGUUGGUGAAGAUCGCACCCCAGUACUAUGAAAUGAGUAACUUUCCACAAUGUGAAGCUAAACGACAGCUGGAGCGAAUUAUUGCCAAACUUGAGAGCAAAGAAUACUCUCAGUACUGAACAAUAGUCGAGAAGUGUCCUGGAAAACAAACCUGCAUACCGUAGUUUUAGAUCUUUCUGUCAUUGUUACCUUAAUGUUCAAACGUUGGCUUUUUGAUUUUUAAUAUUUGUUUGCUUAUUUUUGUUAUUUUUCCCCAUCAAUGUCAGUUCUGUAAGUAGGUGUAAUGACAUGAAAUAUCAGCAGCAAUUGUUAGUUUCAGCUGUUAUGAUUUUCAGAAGAAAGUAUCUGGAGCAGGUCUUGUAGAUGUGGUUGAAUUAAAUUCAGGAGACUCUGGAGCCAUAACGAAGAUCUGUGCUUGCUUUGUUUCUUUAAUAAAUGAGCUUUGACUUUA